GCAGCGGCAGCAGCGAGCUAGUCAAGAUAACAUUCCUUCUCAAACAACUUGUACAGUAUACGCUAGUAUUUCCUAUCAAACAUUAUGUCUUUAAUGUGUUAUAAUAAGGGAUGUGGACAGCGUUUUGAUCUCGAAAAGAAUUCAGAUGAUGCAUGCACAUAUCAUCCUGGAGUGCCAGUGUUUCAUGAUGCAUUAAAGGGUUGGUCUUGCUGCAAGAGACGAACUACUGACUUUUCAGAUUUCCUCAGUAUUGCAGGGUGCACGAAAGGCCCUCAUAAUCAGGAGAAGCCCGCAGAACCUGUGAAACCAGAGGUGAAGUCUUCUUUAGACAAGAAUGAUGUGAAGCCAAAGUAUGAUGAAUUUAUUAUCCAAGCACCAAAACCUCUUGAAUCCAUUCAGCGACCAAGUCCAGAUGAGCCUUUUUCUAUCCUGCAAUCGAAGAUCUCCCCUUCACUCAAACAGGCUUUAGAAAAGCUCAAAUUAACUGAGGAAAAUGCACAUGAGAUAAAAGAGGAGGAUAGUGAUGAAAUUAAGAUAGGGACGUCCUGUAAGAAUGGAGGCUGCAGUAAGACAUUCGCUGGACAAGCCAGUGAUGAUGAGACCUGUUUGUAUCACGCUGGCGUGCCUAUUUUCCAUGAAGGGAUGAAAUAUUGGAGCUGCUGUAAGAGGAAAACCUCAGACUUCAACACGUUUCUGUCUCAGGAGGGUUGUACCCGCGGAAAGCAUCAGUGGAAGAAAAAAGAUGCAGGAAAGAAAGUUGUACCUUGCAGGUUUGAUUGGCACCAAACAGGAAGUCAGGUCAUCAUUUCCAUUUAUGCCAAAAACUCAGUACCAGAGCUGAGCUUGGUAGAGGGGAACAGCACUGUGCUCAAAAUCCACAUUAUAUUUGAAGGAGAGAAGGAAUUUGAGAAGCAGAUCAGUUUAUGGGGGGUAAUCGAUCCAAGUAAAAGCUUGGUGAACAUGAUGGCUACCAAAAUUGAGAUUGUGUUGAAGAAAGCAGAACCAAUGUCAUGGGCACGACUGGAUCUUCCACCUGUAGCGCCUCCAAAGGAAAAAGAAAAGGAAAAAGAUGUUGAUAGUGAGGACGAGUGUGAUGAUGAUGAGGAUUAAGAGACUAUAAGAGGACCACCAUUCACAGCCAUCAAUAUGAAUGGGAAUGUUUCUAAGGUGUGACAAUGAUGCAUGAAUGUGAGAAAUUCUGGAGGAUGUUCAUGUUUGUCCAAUGUCAAAUUCUAAAUGUAAGUUACAGGGCAUGUUUAGAGGGUAAUUUAAUUAAAGCUCUCAAGACA